GAGACUCGGAAGCGCUUCCCGCCAGGCCAGGUAAAAGGAAGGCGAGAAGGAAGGAACGGAGAAGCAGGGAAGGUUCCCCCCCCCGCCUCUCGCUCGCCCGCUGCCCCCCGCCCCCUCCAAAGAGCGGGAAACCGGGAGCCGGUCCCACCCCCAGCGCAGGGUGGCCGGAGCAGGUUAGCGGCUGAGGCAGCAGCGCCCGCGCACCGGACAGAGCCCGAAGCCGUCCUCCUCGUCCCCCAGCAGCCAUGUCGGCAGCGCAGGUGUCGUCGUCCCGGCGGCAGUCGUGCUACCUGUGCGAUCUGCCGCGCAUGCCGUGGGCCAUGAUCUGGGACUUCAGCGAGCCCGUGUGCCGGGGCUGCGUCAACUACGAGGGCGCCGACCGCAUUGAGUUCGUCAUCGAGACCGCGCGGCAGCUCAAGCGGGCGCACGGUUGUUUCCAGGACGGGCGAUCGCCGGGGCCCCCGCCGCCCGUGGGCGUCAAAGCCGUGGCGCUGUCGGCUAAGGAAGCGGCGGCGGCAGCAGCGGCAGCUGCAGCAGCCGCGGCUGCCGUGCAGCAGCAGCAGCUGAACCAUGUGGACGCUGCCUCCUCGAAAGCGCAGUCGGGCCUGGAGCGCUACGGACUGAGCGAGCCGCGCAGCCGCUUCGAGUACCCGCCGCCGCCGGGCAGCCACGGAGGCCGCAUGCCCAACGGCCUGGGCGGCCCCAACGGCUUCCCCAAAGCGCCAGACGACGGGCCGCCCGAGCUGAACCGCCAGAGCCCCAACUCCUCGUCGUCGUCUUCCUCGUCGUCGCGGCGAGCGGCGCACGGCGGCUUGGUGAGCGGCCUCCCUCCAGGAGGCGGCGGCGGCGGCGCCCAGCUCAACGUGCCGCCCAACCUGCUGCCGCAGACGCUGCUCAACGGGCCGGCCUCGUCCGGGGUGGCGCUGCCUCCUCCGCGGGGCCCUCCGGCUUCUUCUUCGUCGUCGUCGUCGUCUUCUUCGUCGUCGUCCUCGACGUCCUCCUCGGGCGACCCGUGCGGGAAGCGCCCCGGCUCGGUGUCGAGCAGCGGCGACCAGGAGCGGGAGCUGAAGGAGAAGCAGCGCAACGCCGAGGCGCUGGCCGAGCUGAGCGAGAGCCUCCGCAACCGCGCCGAGGAGUGGGCCAGCAAGCCCAAGCUGGUGCGCGACACGCUGCUGACGCUGGCCGGCUGCACGCCCUACGAGGUGCGCUUCAAGAAGGACCACGCGCUGCUGGGCCGCGUCUUCGCCUUCGACGCCGUCUCCAAGCCCGGCCUGGACUACGAGCUGAAGCUCUUCAUCGAGUACCCCAGCGGCUCGGGCACCGUCUUCUCCUCCGCCUCGGGCGUGGCCAAGCAGAUGUACCAGGACUGCAUGAAGGACUUCGGCCGCGGCCUGUCGUCGGGCUUCAAGUACCUCGAGUACGAGAAGAAGCACGGCUCCGGAGACUGGCGCCUGCUGGGCGACCUGCUGCCCGAGUCCGUGCGCUUCUUCAAGGAGAUGGUGGGCGCCGACAUGUUGCCGCAGCCCUACCUCGACGCCUCCUGCCCCAUCCUGCCCACCGCCCUCGUCAGCCUGCCCAGGACCCCCACCACCUCCUCCUCUUCUUCCUCCGGCGGCGGCGGCGGGGCGGGCGGGCCGGCCUCCAGCCGCGGGCCCGGAGCGGGAGGCGGAGGCGGCGGCGGCCUGCGCAAGAGGAAGGCCUCUCCGGAGCCUUCGGACUCGGCUUCGGAAGGCGGCCUGAAGCUCAGCGAGGAGCAGCAGCGGCAGCAGUGGAUGGCCAGCCAGAGCGAGGCGCUCAAGCUCACCAUGUCGGCGGGGGGCUUCGGCGGGGUGCCUCCUCCGCCGCCCCCUCCGCCGCUGGGGCCUCACUCCAACCGGACCACCCCGCCCGAGUCGGCCCCGCAGAACGGCCAGUCGCCCAUGGCGGCGCUCAUGUCGGUGGCCGACACGUUGGGCAACGCGCACUCGCCCAAAGACGGCAGCUCGGUGCACUCGACCACGUCGACGCGGAGGAACAGCAGCAGCCCCGUGUCGCCCGCCUCGGUGCCCGGCCAGCGCCGCAGCCUGGCGUCGCGCAACGGGGACAUGAACCUGCAGGUGGCUCCCCCGCCGCCCAGCGCCCACCCGGGCAUGGACCAAGUGCACCCGCAAAACAUUCCCGACUCGCCCAUGGCCAACAGCGGACCCCUGUGCUGCACCAUCUGCCACGAACGCUUGGAGGACACGCACUUCGUGCAGUGCCCCUCGGUGCCCAGCCACAAGUUCUGCUUCCCGUGUUCCCGGGAGAGCAUCAAGGCGCAGGGGGCCACGGGCGAAGUCUAUUGCCCCAGCGGCGAGAAAUGCCCCUUAGUCGGUUCCAACGUGCCUUGGGCAUUUAUGCAGGGCGAGAUCGCGACCAUUUUAGCGGGGGACGUGAAAGUGAAAAAGGAGAGAGACCCUUAAAAAACAAAACAAUCCCAACAGCCAAGGCGACUCCCUUCAGACGCCUGAAGAUGGAGAAUUGUGAAUAUUGAGAAACAACCCGCGGGACAAUACUGCAAAAAGUUUAGUCUUAUGUAUAGACCUUAUUUUCGUCGUAUGUUUCUAUAUUUUGAAACAAAGGUAUGUACCCUUCUUCAUUUGAAGGAUAGAGCUGUUCUUUUUUCGUUUUGUUUUUGUUAAAACAGAAUAUAAUAUUGUUUGGUUACCACAUAAUACCUGUUUCUCAUUUCUUUGGCAGUGUGUUGGCUAGGUACACAGUUAAAUAGCCCUUAGCGAUUACCUGCUGCUGGUGUGUAUUUUUGUAAAUGUAUGCACUUCUCUAAAAUAAGAAAAUUGAAAAAAAAAACCUUUUCUUUUUGCCAAGGCCAGUGUUGAUGCCUAAAAAAAUGCUACAAAAAUGGUGACAGCUUAUGUUUUAAAAGCCCAGUGUUAGUCUUUUACUUUUACUUUCCAUCUUUUAUUGUUUGUUUUGUUUUUUAAUUUCUUUUUGUUCGUUUGCAAAAUGGUGGGAGUGGUAUAGGGGUGGGAUUUUUUUUGCAACUUUGUAAAGAAAAAAAAUGUUUCAGUUUGUUUCUAUUGACCUGAACAUUUUCGAUCUUCAUGUUGUUUUUGUUUUUGCUUUAUUGAUGCACGAAAGCUUUUGAACACUAGAGCAAAAUUGCUGUACAUGGAAAACUUGCUCUGUUUGUCCUUUAUACAUUUCUGUAGUUAACAGAACACUGUAAUGUGCCUUGGAGCUUAGUAAAUUGUAAUAAAUUCAAUUGAUAUUAA